UUUGGACAAUGUUCAAAUCCGUAGCAGACCGGCUGGGAUUUCCUCAUUCCCACCAUCACCACUCGUCCUCAAAUGCUUCCUCUCACCCUUCGUCUUCGCCUUCAACGUCAAAUAUACCUACUAUUAACAAUGGCUCUGGGCCAAAUCACCGUACUACUCUUUUUUCCUCUACUUCGUCUUCUCGCGCACCAAGUCGACAACAGCAGCAUAAUUCAUCUAGUAGACAUGCUUCUCCUGUUUCUUCUGCUUCUGUAGCCGCAGUGCAGUAUCAUACAUAUGUAUCACGACCCACUAACACGACUUCAAUGCCAGCCACGAUCACGACUACACCGCGUAAAUCCUCUCUUUCCGUCUCUCAAAAGCCGGUCCUCCCACCCCUAAGUUUUCACAACACUCGUGAUAAUAAUUUGGCACUCUCAAUGGUCAAUGCAGGGGUUGACCUGGAGGAUUCAUCUACAUCAAGGGCUGCCGAAAAUGUCAUCGUUACGGUCAGACUUAGACCUUUUAGUAUCUCGGAGCUAAAGGCUGCAGGAAGAGAACCCAUGGAAGUGUGGGCAGUCCAUGAUAACUCACGGAUCAGUUAUUCGGAAGACUACUCAAUGCGGGAACGCCGGGCCGCAGUUGACUAUAGUUAUGAUCAUGCCUUGACCGGCAGUGAUAAUGAGCUAAUUUACAAUACAAGCGUAAAGAGUCUGGUCCAGUCCACGAUGGAGGGUUUUAACGGCACGGUCUUCGCUUAUGGACAAACAUCAUCGGGAAAGACAUAUACAAUGAGUGGAACAGAGAAACAACCUGGAAUAAUCAGCCGCGCAGUUGAAGACAUAUUCAAAUAUAUCCGCGAAAACCCUGAACGUGAGUUUCUCUUGCGCGUUUCGUACUUGGAAAUUUAUAAAGAGAGCAUUCGUGACUUACUUUCCCCGGAGGCUAUUGAUCUGCGAAUCCAUGAGGAUCGAAAGGGUGGGAUCUAUGUCAGUCCACUAAAAGAAGAGAUUGUAACCACACCAAGUCAAGCCAUGAGAAUUAUUCAACGAGGAGAUUAUCAAAGGCAUACAAGUUCCACCGAUUACAAUGCUCAUAGCAGCAGGUCACAUUCUAUUUUCCAAAUUGUUGUUGAAAGUAGAGAACGUGCUCCAACUGCACCCUUAAGCCCUACAGGACGAAAGAUGAGUUUUGGACAAAAAUCUCCCAGUGCUGUUCGUGUUUCACAACUCAACUUGAUUGACCUUGCUGGAUCUGAAAAGGCUUCUUCCGAUAUAGAGCGACGCAAAGAAGGAGCAUUUAUUAACAAAUCACUAUUGGCUCUUGGCACAGUUAUUUCAAAGUUGGCAGAUCAUAAAGGGACGCAUAUCCCGUAUCGCGACUCCAAACUGACAAGGUUAUUGCAAUCAUCCCUCAGCGGUAAUGCUCGAGUGUCUGUCAUUUGUACCAUCAGCCCAGCGCUCCAGAAUGUAGAAGAAUCGCAUAAUACUCUUAAAUUCGCAGCUCGGGUUAAGAAGGUGGUCACCAAAGCACAUACCAAUCAGGUCAUGGAUGACAAAGCGUUGUUAGAGAAGUACCGUCGCGAAAUCAGUGAGCUCAGAGCACAGUUGCUAUUGAUGGCAGCUCAAGCAGCAGAUGGAGCUGAUGGUGGCAUUGUUCAUGGGUCUGGACAGCAUGUAGAGCUUUCGGACCUUUUAGCGAAGGAGCGGCUCAAGCAUGAGGAAGAAAUGAUUGAGAUGAAUAUGGUCAGGAAUGCGCUUAAGGAGCGUAUCGAUCAUUUGACUAAACUGAUCUUGACAUCCCAAUCUAUCGACGCUAGAACGGGUGCUGCUAGCAGUGGUCAAGUGCCGAUGGGGCGAUAUACGGUCGAGACUUCGGCUGAUGGAAGUCUGAUGGAAUUUCCGAAGGAGAUUGAGACACGACUGGCUAGAAAGGAUACGAUCGUUCGACAACUGCAGUCUGAGCUGGAAGCCCAACAGGAGAAGGUGGCACUGAUGAAGAGUGUACUCCAGAAGACUGCCAAAGGUGAAACGGUUGAUAUUGAAAGGACACUGGCACGAGUUGAAAUGGAGCCGAGAGAAAAGUUUUUGAUUGAAAAACGGGCCUCUAUCAGGAACUUGAAUGGUUUGAUGUGGCAAGAUGGAGCAACAGGCAGCACUGCUAGCGCUAAAAGAUUGAGCAAAGAGAUCCACCCAACUAUCGUUGCAGGCGGCGACAAUGGUGUCUCUAACCAAGUCAUUACGCAUCAACGGAGUUCAAGCGGCGGCAAUCAUGACGAGGGCAAGGAUGAUUCUUUAGAAUUACUUGAGAGUGAACACCUUGCAAUCGAUGAUGAGGAAGAAGAUGAGGACUUGAUGGAUACACCAUGGAACCGUGCUGAACUGAUUUCAUUGCGCCAAGCUAAGCGUGAGCUUGAGAUUGUAGUGAUUGAGCAGGAGAAGAAGCUGGAAGAACAAGAAAAGAAACUAGAGGAAAUGGUAGCGUUUGAAGACUCGGAGGAUUUCAAGAUGUUAGUGAUUGAGCUUGAGGAGCAACGCGAGAAAAUUUUGGCGAUGGAGGAGGAGCGUGAAGGGUUUAGAGCUACGAUUGCAGAGCUUAAGAACAGGAUCCGGAAGCUAGAUUUAGACCGUGCAGAGUAUGGGGGCGGAGCUGCGGUUGAAAGUAUGGCAACAACCUUUCCGGCUACUACUGUAAAUAUUUCGUCCCCGCCUUCAUCAUCACCAUCAUCACCGGCACUCAGAGCUGCAGCGACAAUCACAAACAACAGCCUAACAGCAGCAGCGUCUGCAAGCAAGAUUCAGCAGCUGGAGAUGAUGUUGCAGCAAGAACGGAGGCUGAGGACAGAAGAGCGGGCGAAGAGUAUGAGUCGCAUCGUGUCCUUAGAAACUGAGGUGACGAUUUUGAAAGCAGAGCAGUCUGUGCGGGAACUCGAUUUGAACAGUUAAAUUAUAAAUGUGAUGAUACAUAGUCAUAUAAAGUGUAAAGCAG